UUCGCUGUGUUUAAAACGUGUUAGAAACGAAAUCGCAGUAAAGCGACGAGCUCACACUAGCUCUGUUGCUCUUCGCGGGUGUAUGCUUCUGAACUGUUAAUAUUAUUUAUUCGUUUUACCUUUAUUAUUAAUUCUUGAAGAGUUGCACCCGGCAAUAUGGGGAAUUCCAAGACUUUAUUACCGAUAGCUGUGAUGCUCAUCUCUGCACUGCCAUACUCGCGUACUGAGGCACCCAUUUCCGGAAGUUACUUACCACCAUCAACUAGUUACGGCACACCAAACCUCGGUAUUAGUAACAGUGGUGGUUUUAGUAGUGGCUCUAUUUCUUCAAACUAUGGAGCACCUUCAUCUGGAGGUGGUUUCGGCGGAGGAGUACCUUCUCCUUCCUAUGGAGCACCAUCGGGUGGAUCCUUCAGUGGAUUCGGUGGUGCAUCUUCAUCCUCAUAUAAUGCCCCAAGCCGUCCAUCCUCGAACUAUGGUGCUCCACCCCGUCCAUCAUCAAACUACGGUGCACCAUCUUCAGGAUUUAAUGGUGGCGGUGGGAGAGGUGGAUUUGGAAAUGGUGGUGGACACUCUGGUGGCAGACCAUCUUCAAAUUACGGUGCUCCAUCUGUAAGCGGAAGUAUUGGAAGCGGCGCACCUUCAUCCUCGUAUGGUGCUCCUGGCAACUCUCGUCCAUCAUCCGCUUAUGGUGCUCCAAAUCGUCCUUCCUCGAAUUAUGGUGCUCCGGCUAUCGGAGGUGGCAAUGGCUUUGGCGGUAACAGUGGACAUGGAGGCGGACGUCCUUCAUCUAGCUAUGGUGCACCAUCCAGUGGUAGCUUUGGCAGUAGUUUUGGCAGUGGUUUUGGAAACGGUCCAUCUUCAUCCUUAAACAGUGCACCUUUAUCCUCGUAUGGUGCACCCAGUCGUCCGUCUUCCAGCUAUGGUGCCCCUACUAAUGGAGGUAGCAGUGUUUUUGGCGGUGGUGCACCUUCUUCAAACUACGGAGCUCCUAGCUUCAAUGACGGCUCAAACUUAGUGGGUCGACCAUCGACUAACUACGGUACUCCCAGCAGUGGAGGUGGACAGAGUUAUGCUAGCAAUGGAGGUUAUCAAUACUAAUUUAAAACGUAAAUAAAUUUCAAAGUCCACAAAUUUGAGAAAUUGAAUUUCAAGAUCAAAUGUGACUUGUAUUUCAGAUCAAAGAUUUUAACGAACGCUGUCACCAUUUUAAAAUUACAUAAAA